AUGAAUCAGUAUUACCAAAACCCUUUUCGGAUUUAUGAAAUUAGUUUCAAUUUCUGCACGAGUCUCCUCUUGUGUCUCUCACUCACUUCUGCUCAAGCUGUUGCAGGUGGUGGUCACUCCUGGGAUGGGAUCGUGGUGACUCAGGCGAACUAUCAGGCGCUCCAAGCAAUCAAACACGACCUCAUUGACUUCACCGGAACAACUCUGCCUCCUCUGGUGUUUGCUCUGGCGGCUGGACUGGAAUCAGAUGCCUCCGAGAGAGACUGA